UCGUGCGGGGCUGGUAGGCGAUCCUGUCUGUUUUAUCACCCGAGACAGAAAGCACGUGGCCGUGCCGAAGGAGUUUUUUCCCGGAUGACGAUUACGAUGACGACGGAGAGCGUCGUCGGGCCGACUGUGGGCGCGGAAGUGCCCCACGUGUCGAAGGAGAAUGGCCGUGGAAGCAUUACGGAUGGCGCUGUAGAUUUCGUGGCCGGUUCGCUCGGCGGUAUAGCGCUCGUCUACGUAGGUCAACCGUUAGACACGGUAAAGGUAAAGAUGCAGACUUUCCCAUCCAUGUAUAAAAGCAUGGUGAAUUGCUUUCUGCAUACAUUAAAGACAGACGGCAUCGCGAGGGGUUUGUAUGCCGGAACAAUUCCGGCGAUAGUCGCUAAUGUGGCGGAAAACUCUGUAUUGUUCGCAGCGUAUGGCGGAUGUCAAAAGACAAUAGCUCAUUUAACAGGUGUACAGAGUGUGAAAGAACUUAACUCCUUCAGCAACGCCUGGGCCGGCUUCUUUGCCGCGUUCUUCUCCUCGCUGACGCUUUGCCCGACGGAGUUAAUAAAGUGCAAGCUGCAGGCUAUGAGGGAGGUCGAACAGAUACAAGCGAUAAAAUCCGUCAUAGAAAAAUCUACGAAGUCUCGCAUAGGACCAUGGAGUUUAACGAAGCAGAUUCUGAAGGAGCAAGGUGUAAGAGGCCUGUUUACAGGUCUCUCGUCAACGAUAGCCCGCGAAAUGCCAGGUUAUUUCUUCUUUUUUGGCGGCUACGAAGCCACAAGGGAGCUGCUAGCUAUGAAGGGUCAGAACAGGGACGACAUCGGCUGGCAAAAGACAAUGGUGGCUGGCGCGGUCGGUGGCGCAAUGCUUUGGUUAGCAAUAUUUCCAGCUGAUGUUGUUAAGAGUAGAAUACAGGUGCAGAACUUGAAAACGCCCGCUUUGAUAGUUUUCAAACAUAUCGCACGGCAAGAAGGUAUCGGCGCGCUGUACAACGGACUAACACCGACUUUAAUCAGAACGAUACCAGCGACUGCAACAUUGUUCGUCACCGUCGAAUACACGAAGAAACUUAUGUACAAUUAUUUCUAAAAUUGAUUUUAACAUUAUCAUUGUCUUACGAAACUUGAUAUCUUCUAAAUAUCCUAUGUGCGAAAGUAUUUGUGUUUUAAACAAUAUAAAAUCAUGCACCAUGCAAAUUUAAUGUCGCUAAUGUCGCCUACGUCUGUAAAUAUAAGAGAAUGUAUAUACAAUAAU